AUGGUAGUCGGCUUGUGGUUGGUAAUGAAUGCAAUAGCUUGUGUUCAGCUUUCAUCAGCAGCUAAAAUUGCCAUAGGUGCUUCAUUUUAUCAUAGCCAUACUCAAGUUUUAGCUGCCAUCGGUGAAGAAUUACAUAAGAGAGGCCAUUCAGUCACUGUCAUCACAUCUACAACAAAUCAUUUUGUUGCUGGAAAAGGUUACAACGUCCUAUUUUAUGAAACACCAGUUACUCAACAUGAUAUUGGUAGUUGCACUGCUGUGGCACUCAAGAAGAAUGAUGUUUUCAUUACCACUUGUAUGAAGCAUUUAAUCGAUGAUAAUAAAGCAUACCUGAAUGAUGAUAGCUUACUACAGCAAAUCAGAGCUGAAAAAUUUGGUUUGAAGAUUCUUGAUCUAUCAACCUCACAAGUGUAUAUGAGUGUAUAUGAAGUCGAACAACAGGAUCAAGAUGCUAAUAUUGAAGAACUAGAAAAAGUCGCAUCUUCUAUAAAAUAG